CCAUCUUAAUAUUUCUGUAUGAAGGUGGUGAAAUUGUUCUCCAGGAUUUGUCGGCAGGUAUGGAUCAACCAAGCAAAUGUAGAAUCACACAAAAUAUUGUGUACAUGAAAUCAACGUUGUCACAUCUUGAUCCCAUCAUAGAUAGAUUGAUAGAGGGUGGUAUCUUUAGCCUGGCUGACAGAAACAGGAUCGAGGCUGUAUCAGCAUCACAUAAACAAUUCAAUACUUUUGUUGACAUACUGACAGCAUCUCCUGAACCAACCGCAUACAAAAUAUUCAGAAAAGCACUGAAAUUAGAGGGAUAUGCUGCUGUCGCCGAUAGGCUAGAUCAAACGACACCACAACCACCUGCAGUGCGAAGUGCGUCCAGUCGACAAUCCAGGACACGUGACAGCAUUGUCAACAAUGAAGGAGCCGCUCCUGAUGGUGCCGGUGCUUCUGGUAGAGAUUCACUUAGUAAUAGAUGCCCUGACUGCACGACAGGUGGAUCGACCGUGAUAAACGCACUAGAAAGUUUGAGCAGAAAUCAGCAAGUCUUCAUGGCCGACUUACAACGACUUAACAAGGACUUGGCAAAAAGAGAAGAACAACGUCAACGCGACAAGGACGAUCUGCAAAAGCAGUUAAAUAUGUUGAAGAAUACCCGUGAUCAGGAUGCUACCGUAAUUACCAACCGAUAUAUUGCUCUGCAGGAACAAUAUGAACAUCUCAAAGAAGUUCAAAAAGGCAUGCGAUUGAUAGACUCUGAACGUCGUGAAAAACUUAAGAUUUUAAAUAAAGAGCAUGUCAUCCUCAACACAAAAUAUCAAGAGCUUCAACAUGCUUACGCCAAUUUGGAAAAGGAAAUGAUCCGUAUGAAAAAUCUGCUGAGUAAUCAAGAGAUCGGAAAUGCUGUAGAAGGAGAAGAUAUUGCCGGAGAACAUGUGGAUAUCAUUGACCAGCUCAAGGCCGACAAACAGGAUCUGGUGCAGCGACUGGAAGAUAAAAUGGCAGAUAUAGAAACCCUUCAGCGACAACUAGAUCAGCAGAUGGACAUGGGAGAACGAAGGAUGUCCGAGCACGAAACCGUACGAUUAACCAGAGAAACAGCGCAUGAACGGAAGUUCGACAAACUCUAUGAAAUGGUGGAGAUAAUGGCAAAGGAAAGGUCCUUAGUUGCUGACGACACUCCUAAACCAGACCAACAACAAAAAGUAAAUCAAGCGUUUAAGGCGACGAGAAUGCAGCUCAAAGAACGCAAACCGGGUCCCAACAAAACGCAAGGUACCAGACCUUUCAAAGUUCAACAACUCGGUUUGGACUUUUAGCUAGUAAAGGAGUUUGUGCGUAAUAGAAACGUAUAGUCCUACCAUGUCGACUGAUGAGAUUCCGGUUAGGUGUAUUCAUAAUUUAUUCUAGGAGGCAGUUGUUCACUUCAAUUUAAAGACUGGACAGUUAAUAUACAUACUUAUAGUAGUAUUUGUUUCUUCUUUUCUGGAUGAAAAGGUUAUUGUAAGACCCAUGUGAUUGCAACAAUACCAUUUUGUAAUAUAUUAAGUAUGACAUAAAUAAAUUACACUGCAACAUACAGCUGCUUCGUCCCUUAAGGACAUAUCGGCGAUGCCAGGGGUCAAAAAGGUUGAAAUUCAAAUCUGAUUAAACAUUGAUAAUGACAAUCUUUUUUCAUUUUUUAUUAUUUUGGCUUUAUAUAUAGCAUAUCUAAUAAAUAUAGAACAUUAUUUCUAUUGCUUUACUUUUUUUGUUUUUGGAGGAGUCCUUUGUCAACUUACAUAUAGGUUCAUUGUACAUUGUAUAUGGUAUUCAUCAGCAAUGACUUGAUGGUGUUAAAUGCCAUAAUAAAAUCAUUUUUUUAAUUCUAUAGAAUCGUCGUCAUCAACUCUAUGCAUUAAGUAAUACAGGGUUUGGCACGCACGAUAACAAGUUGACGAAACAAACGUUCAAAUGAAAUUUUCUUACCUUAAAAUAAAAUUGUGCAUUGCACCAGUACACUAAUAUCAGAGGCAUGCUUGGUUUGGUUUGGUUUAUUAUUGUUUAACGUCCCAUCAGCAGCUAUGGUCAUUUAAGGACGGCCUCCCCUGUGUGCAAUAUGCGUGUGUGUUGUUGGACGCUGCGAUAAAGCAGCAGACGUAUGUCUCGGACAGGGGACAGAACCCAUAGCCUUCCUCAGAGGGGCGAACGCUCAACUAAAUGCCAAAAAUGAGGCA